UAUCCGGCUCGAUUGUGUGCAUUAGGCUCCAUUUGCUAGUGCCACUCGGGCGCAGCUCGUUCGUUGACACUCAAACCCUGUUGCCAAUUUAAUCGAUUUAUUAUUAUUUUUUUAAACACAACUUGAUUUCUUCAGCGGCUCUCACGGAAAUAAACACCGUAUUCAGGGAUCGGACCGCGCAGGGCUGCAGUGCAGCAUUUGAAACGACCUUUAUUAAAAAUCACGAAGACGGGAAGCGAUUUCCGUGGAUUUAUAAAUAUGUUGUAGAUUUUGUUUAGUUGCUAGAUAACUAGCUGACUAUCCACAAGUGUAUACAUGGACUUAAUCAACCGUUUCUGAUGUCCUUGCUAAGUAGCACACUAACGUUUCAUUAGGCCAGGUGGUGGUUUAGUUAACCGGCUAUUGGAGAAUAACGUCGAGUUUCUAUUUUUAUAAUCAACGGUGGCUAGCCCCGAAAGCUUUAUUUAUAUAUAUAUAUUUAACGUUAUAUACGUCGGGUCGAGCGUGGGGCUAACUUGGCCUGAAGUUGAAGUCCUCGGGUUUUUUAUUUUUUAACAACAACACCCCCCCAUUAACGUUACCUGGUGAGAUUUCCGUUAAACGUUAGUUGUCAUUGAAUGGGGGGGGGGGAGAAAUCUGGCUGUAGACUUUGACACUGAUAAACUUUCACUUAGGAUGUGUGCUUCCUCAUAUGUAGCCACUACUAGCCGACGGUAAUGUGUUUAUUAAACAUUUUAUUAACGCGAACUGUAGCUGUUGUUGUCUAGCUUACACGACUCAUAGCUAAUGCUGGUGGCUAGCCAUCUGAGACCCAUCUGCUAGCCGUGUGUUACCGGUAGAAAUAGUCAUACCCAGGGGGUUCAAACGGUUGAACUCUGGACCCCCCCCGUUUCUCUGUGUUGACAUGGGAAACAUGUACGACUGAAGGGCUCAACUUGUUGAUCACACAGUGUGUGUGUGUCUAACACACAGAUAGCUGUUUUUUUUAUAUAUAUAUAUAUAUUUUUUACCACUGCCAGCUAAAUGAACACAAGAUCCUGAAACUAUAUUCGUCUUCCCCCCUCGACACUUAUUUUCUACAACAUCCCUGAAAAUGUCGGCCAGGACGCCAUUGUUGGCCGUCAUUGAAAAUUCGUCAGGUGGCCAGGACACCAAGGCGGGGGGCCGUCCCAGCAUGCCGCGAUGUCGGAACUCGGUUGCCACGACGGCGGAAGAGACCCCUCACAUCGGUAACUAUCGGUUGCUGAAGACUAUUGGCAAGGGCAACUUCGCAAAAGUCAAACUGGCACGCCAUGUCCUCACCGGGAAAGAGGUGGCUGUUAAGAUUAUUGAUAAAACACAACUCAACUCUUCCAGUCUGCAGAAGCUCUUCCGAGAAGUGAGAAUCAUGAAGCUGUUGAAUCAUCCUAACAUAGUGAAGUUAUUUGAGGUGAUUGAGACGGAGAAGACAUUGUACCUGGUCAUGGAGUAUGCCAGUGGAGGGGAGGUGUUUGAUUACCUGGUCGCUCAUGGGAGGAUGAAAGAAAAGGAGGCGCGUGCCAAAUUCAGACAGAUCGUGUCAGCAGUCCAGUACUGUCACCAGAAGUGUAUUGUCCACAGAGAUCUGAAGGCUGAGAACCUACUCCUGGACUCUGACAUGAACAUCAAGAUAGCAGACUUUGGCUUCAGUAAUGAGUUCGUAAUGGGCAGUAAGCUGGACACGUUCUGCGGCUCUCCUCCCUACGCCGCCCCAGAGCUGUUCCAGGGGAAGAAGUACGACGGGCCCGAGGUGGACGUCUGGAGCCUGGGGGUCAUCCUGUACACGCUGGUCUCAGGGUCGCUGCCCUUCGAUGGACAGAACCUCAAGGAGUUGAGAGAGCGCGUGUUGAGGGGGAAGUACCGUAUUCCUUUUUACAUGUCUACAGACUGUGAAAACCUACUGAAGAAGUUCCUGAUCCUCAACCCCACCAAGAGAGGCAGCCUGGAGCAGAUAAUGAAGGAUAGGUGGAUGAAUGUGGGUCAUGAAGAGGAGGAGUUGAAACCGUACAUAGAGCCCAUGCCUGACUACAAGGACCCCAAGAGAACAGAGAUCAUGAUUCAGAUGGGUUACUCCAUGGAGGAGGUGCAGGACUCGCUGGUCAACCAGAAAUACAACGAAGUCAUGGCCACGUAUCUACUACUGGACUACACAAACCACGAGCUGGAUGAAGGUAUCAUUAAGCCCCGCCCAGGAAAUGAACUCUCGAAAAGUAGCGCCCCGUCCCCGCCCAGCAAGGUACAGCGCAGCAUAUCGUCCAACCAGAAACCCCGCAGAGCCACUGACCAGGGGUCUUCUGCCAGGGGGCGUGGUCAGGGAGACAACAAGGAGGAUUCUGGGAGGAAAGGAUCUGGCAGCUCGGCCAAAGUUUUGACCAGCCCGCUGGUCUCUGACCGCAAGAAGAGUGCCACACCCUCUACCAAUAGCAUAUUGUCGGGUCGCAGCAGAAACUCUCCUCUCACUGAGAGAGCUUCGCUGGACCAGGGGGUACAGAACGGCAAGGACAGCCUGAACACCCCCGGGUCCCGAGCCUCCACCUCGUCUGCUGCUGCCAUCCUCUCCUCUUCCUCCUCUUCCUCCCGUCCCCGCCAACACAAGUCCCUGUCCACCUCCAACCACCCCUGUCCGCCUCACGGCCCUGACUUCCACGCACUGCACCACCGGCCCAGCACUCCCCACCAGAGACCACCUGGCGCGUCCCCCUCAGCCCACAACAUCAGCAGCUCCGCGGUGACGGACCGGACCAACUUCUCCCGGGGGGUGGCCAUCCGCAGCACCUUCCACGCAGGACAGCAGAGAGGUGCCAGAGACCAGCAGGGUUCUCCGGGGGCGCCAGUCUCCCCCUCCCUCAGCCACGGCAACAGCCAGACCAGAAGGCCUGGGGCCACCGGUAUCUUCUCCAAGUUCACCUCCAAAUUCGUACGCAGAAAUCUCUCCUUCAGAUUUCUGAGAAGGAGUCCGUAUGAGGGAGAGGGUCAGGAUGAGGAAAGCAGGUCGAUGCUGAGCAGCACCGUCGACAAAUCAGAGAAGAGCGGCGUCCUAGGCUCCUCCCACAGCGGCAGCGGAGACGAGAACAAGGAUAACUCCUCCCCUGUUUCCGGUACCGCCACCCCGCCACCGAAGGACCCGUCGACCAAACCGCGUUCCCUCCGGUUCACCUGGUCCAUGAAGACCACGUCCUCUUUGGAUCCCGGGGAGAUGAUGAGAGAGAUCCGGAAGGUUCUAGAAUCCAACAGCUGUGAGUACGAGCUGCGGGAGCGCUACAUGCUGCUGUGCAUCUUCGGGAACCCUUCCCGGGACGACUUCGUCCAAUGGGAGAUGGAGGUGUGCAAGCUGCCCCGCCUCUCACUGAACGGCGUGCGCUUCAAGAGGAUCUCCGGGACGUCGAUCGCGUUUAAGAACAUCGCGUCGAAGAUCGCUAACGAGCUCAAACUGUGAGACGGAGCGAUGAGCGGUUUUACACAUGUGGAUAGAGAGGAAUGGAGAGAAGAAGAGACUAAAUGAGAAGGAUGUUGUACUGGGGGAAUGGAGAGAAGAAGAGACUAAAUGAGAAGGAUGUUGUACUGGGGGAAUGGAGAGAAGAAGAGACUGAAUGAGAAGGAUGUUGUACUGGGGGAAUGGAGAGAAGAAGAGACUGAAUGAGAAGGAUGUUGUACUGGGGGAAUGGAGAGAAGAAGAGACUGAAUGAGAAGGAUGUUGUACUGGGGGAAUGGAGAGAAGAAGAGACUGAAUGAGAAGGAUGUUGUGCUGGGGGAAUGGAGAG